AUGGAAUACAAUGGGAAUAAGUAUGAAAGCGACCUCGAUCAAGAGGGUAUCUCAUACUUUUAUCUCAGUGACGACAAAUGGGCUUACAGCAGCACAGGAUUAUACUUUGGAAAUUCUGAAGCUGAUUACAUAGCAACAAACACAUUUUCUCUCAACAUCACUGGUCCUCACUUCUACCAAACAGCUCGCCUUUCCCCUUCCUCCCUUAAGUAUUAUGGCCUCUGCUUGCUUAAUGGGAAUUACAAUGUCAAGCUUCACUUUGCUGAGAUUAUGUUCUCUAAUGACCAAACAUUUAGCAGCCUCGGAAGGCGCAUAUUUGAUGUCUCAAUUCAAGGAAGGAAAUAUUUGAGUGAUUUUAACAUAAUGGAGGAAGCUGGUGGUGUUGGUGAGGGCAUUGUUAAGGACUUUAAUGUUGAUGUGAAUGAUAACAGCCUGGAGAUCCAUUUAUAUUGGGCAGGCAAAGGAACCACUGCAAUCCCUAAUAGAGGUGUAUAUGGACCUCUUAUAUCUGCUAUUUCAGUUACCCCAAACUUCAAAUUAAGUCCUUCAAAAGGGCUUUCUGCUGGAGCCAUUGUUGGAAUAGUUGUAGCUGUACUAUUUGUGAUCCUCAUACUGAUAUUAUUUGUUCUGCGAAAGAUGGGUUUCUUAUUAGGUGGGAAGAAUCAUAAAGAUAAAGGGAAAAUCAGAAUAAAAAAUCAAACUGGUGUAUCAGAUGAUGAGAUGUGA